UCCUGAACUUCCCUCCAAAACCGGAUUCAACAUUGAAAGCAAGAUCGUAUAGUUAUAAACGGCACUGCCAGAAAAUGGAAAGUCCGAGGUUUCCUCUGCCUUCUCCUUGAUCGUCGUCUUUCCAUGUAUUUCUUCUUCGUCCAUGUUGGCUUCCUCCUCUCCAAGGAAGAACUUUCCUUGUUUUGGUCUCAACUUCCUCUGCUUUCGCCGUUCUUCUCUCCUAUUAAUACACAGCCAAUAUUACACAGAACCCACCAGCAUCGAGAUCUUACUGUGAAGCAACCAUGUUCUUUCCUAGGAAAAUAACACUUCUCAUAACAAUCUUCAGCCUUUUGUGUUCUUUCUCAAUCAAUGCAGAUGGUAAAAGGAGUUCACCGGAGGCGGUGACGUACGAUGCCAGGUCGUUGAUCAUCAAUGGGAAAAGAGAGCUUAUUUUAUCCGGUUCCAUCCAUUACACUCGCAGCACGCAAGAUAUGUGGGGUAAACUCCUUUCAAUGGCUAAGGAAGGAGGUUUGAACACGAUUCAGACUUACGUUUUCUGGAACGCUCAUGAACCGAAGCAAGGCAAGUACGUUUUUGAUGGGAAUUAUGACUUGGUGAAGUUCAUCAAGAUGAUUGGGGAGCAAGGCAUGUAUGCUGUCCUCAGGGUUGGGCCAUUCAUCCAGGCUGAAUGGAGCCACGGGGGUUUUCCAUAUUGGCUAAGAGAGGUAACAAACAUCACUUUCAGAACUGAUAACGAGCCAUUCAAGCAACACAUGGAAAAGUAUGUUAGGUUUGUAAUUGACAAAAUGAAGGAAGAGAAGUUGUUAGCUCCACAAGGAGGCCCCAUUAUCUUAGCACAGAUUGAAAAUGAGUACAACACCAUCCAAGUUGCAUUCAAAGAGUCAGGAACCAAAUAUAUUCAAUGGGCAGGAAAUUUGGCUCUUGGGUUGAAUGCAGGUGUUCCUUGGAUUAUGUGCAAGCAGAAGGAUGCUCCUGGUCCCAUUAUCAAUACAUGCAAUGGAAGGCAUUGUGGAGAUACUUUCACAGGUCCAAACAAACCCAACAAGCCUUCAUUAUGGACAGAGAACUGGACUGCACAGUUUAGAGUUUUUGGUGAUCCACCAUCUCAAAGAGCUGCAGAAGAUAUUGCAUAUUCUGUUGCUCGCUUCUUUUCCAAAGGUGGAAGUAUGAACAACUACUAUAUGUACCAUGGUGGCACAAAUUUUGGUAGGACAAGCUCAUCCUUCACAUCAACUCGCUACUAUGAUGAAGCGCCUGUUGAUGAAUAUGGUUUACCAAGGGAGCCAAAAUGGGGUCAUCUCAGUGACUUGCAUAGGGCAAUAAAGUUGUCCAAGAAGGCUCUACUUUGGGGAAAUCCCUCCGUCCAAAAGUUGGGUCCAGAUACUGAGGCUCGUGUCUGGGAGUAUGGUGCUGAUUGUGCUGCUUUCUUGGCAAACAAUGCCAGUAAGAAAGAGCAAACUGUCACUUUCAGGGGUCAUGAGUAUUUGCUGCCCCCUCGUUCCAUUAGCAUCCUCUCAGACUGCAAGACCGCAGUUUACAAUACUCAAACAAUCGUUGCACAACAUAAUGCAAGAAACUUUAUAAGAUCUGAGAUUGCAAACAAAAAUCUAGACUGGAAGAUUAACAAACAAAAACUUCCAAGCCAGUUUCCAUUAAUGUCAAAAGAACCAUUUGAGCUCUACAGCUUGACUAAAGAUACCACAGACUAUGCAUGGUACUCAACACAUAUUGAAUUGCAACAACAUGACUUACCAAUGAAGAAAGGUCUUCAUCCAGUUAUACGGAUUGCAAGUCUUGGCCAUGGAUUGCUUUGUUUUGUAAAUGGUGAAUAUGUAGGAUCUGCACAUGGGAGCAAAAUUGAGAAGAGCUUUGUCCUCCAGAAACGUGCACCCUUGCAGGCAGGAACCAACCAUAUAAUCAUCUUGGCCUAUUUAGUGGGACUAGCGGAUAGCGGACCCUACCUGGAGCGCCGAUUUGCUGGGCCUCGUUCUGUUACAAUUCUUGGUCUGAACACUGGAACACUUGACUUGACAGUCAAUGGUUGGGGACAUCUAGUUGGAUUGAAAGGAGAACAGAAGAAGAUCUACACAAAAGAAGGGUCAGAAAAGGUAAAGUGGAAAAAGGCUCCAGCUACUCAGGCAGAUGCUCUAACAUGGUACAAGGCACAUUUUGACGCCCCUGAAGGAGACAACCCUGUUGCCAUUCGGAUGAUUGGAAUGGGGAAGGGUAUGGUCUGGAUUAAUGGUAAAAGCAUUGGACGAUAUUGGACGUCUUACCUUUCUCCUCUUCUACAGCCUACUCAAUCCGAGUAUCAUAUCCCAAGAUCCUACAUGAAGCCAAAAGACAACCUCAUUGUUGUAUUAGAGGAGGAGCAAGGUACCAACAUCACGAAGGUUGAGUUCCUGGUUGUGGAUAGAGAUACAAUCUGCAGCCACGUAUCUGAAAACUAUCCACCACCAGUAAAGUUAUUUUCGAAAAAGGGUAGCAUUGUCACCGUGGAGGAUGCAAAACCAGGUGCUUACUUGACUUGUCCAGACCACAAAGAGAUCGGCACCGUAGAGUUUGCAGACUAUGGCGAUCCUUGGGGUUCCUGUGGAACCUUCUUCUCUGGAAAUUGCACCACUCCAGCUGCCAAGGAGGUUGUUGAAAAGUAUUGUCUUGGGAAAACUAGCUGCAUGGUCCCCAAGGCGGAGACAGCACAUUUAAAGAAGAAAAUGUCCUGCCCAGACCCAAAUGUCAAAAAGAAGUUGGCCAUCCAAGUCAAGUGUGUUAAGAAGAAGUGAAGAUCCACCCCUACACUUGUGGGCCAACUAAUUAAUAGUUAGUUUUAAAGGUACACUUCCGCUAACAUGAUACCGGUUUAAAUUCCUCUAUUCCCUAAAAUUUGUACUUGUUAGAAGAAAAAGAAGAAGAAGAAGAAGUGAAGAACCAUCACUCCUUGAUCCUGUAAGAGAGUUUACAGCUAUUUAUCAAAAAACAAAAAUAAAAAAGGAAGAAAGAAACAAGAGAGUUUUGAGCUUGAAAAGACAAUCUAUUCACACUGAUUUUCUGUUCAGUUUGUUGUGUAUUGAACAGUUGGCUUCACCGAACCAUAACACACGAAACAGGAUGUACUUGUUGUCUUUACCAAAUGAAUGUAAAAAUUUUCU